AUGACAAUUUGGAAAUAUUCCGCGCCCGUGGUCGAUCGCGACGCGCACUUCGCGGAGGGCGAGAAACUUGGGGCCGACCCGGGGUACAUCGGAGCCGACCCGAACCUGGACGUCGCGCCCGAUCAGAGCAAGUGCAAGACGCCGGAGGAGAAACGCGCCGCGGACGCGCAACGUCGACACCGGUUCGUCGUGGAGUACUCCAUCGGCGUUGUGAAGCGAAACUUCCCGAUGGUGGGUUGCCCCGGAUCCACGUACACGAAGUCGCCGAACCACUUCGGAGCCGCUUUCGCGGCCGCGUGCGGUCUUCAGAACUUCAUCUGGAAGACGCGCGGCACUGCGCCGCGGGGCGAGAAGUAUCUCUCGGGGGCGUGGGAGGAGUGGGAGGAAGACGCGAUGCGCGAUAAUUUCAGAAGCAACGACAGUAGAGAAAAUUUAUUAUUCCGCCGUCGCCGUUUUCGGGGUGAAAAACAGCGACGAUAA